GGGGCUGUAAGGAAUUCUCCCGCUUUUCUAAAAUUUUAAGAAAUUUGGUAAAUAUUGAUAGAAAAAGUCGGGUUCAUUAGCCACAUUUAUUUGAUUUUCCUGAAAAUCUGCCAGACAGAAAGUUCUCACUUUUAUCCACCUUCAUUGUUACCUUCAGAACAGCUCUCUCCAUAGCAACUGAAAACUUCUCUGGGCCGAAAUAAUCCUCUCCAGCUUUCAGCACACAGUCAAGGAAUUUUAAAAUCAGAGGACUUUGUAACCACGAAAUUCUCUCCGAGAUUUAAAAGGCCGCAGAGCUCCAGAUAAAUAAUCAUUUAUCUUUCUUCUGAAGGCAUUCCUCCGGUUACGAGUUUACACCGUGAACACCUGCCCACCCAUCUCCGUCAAAGACAGACUCGAGGUAAAGGAGGAGUGGAAAUGUGCUUCUGGACCAAGCUUUCAGGAUUCUGGCUGCCAUUGUUCCUUCUCCUCAGCCUUGUUCCCUCUACUGAGACAGAAAAACCCUCAGCCCAGGACAGCAGCAGCACCUGGAGUCCUGGCCGACUGACAGAAGUACUACGAAUUCCCUCUGCGGGUGACCCCCCACCCCUGAACCACUCAAGAAGCCUCAUCAGAACGUUCUUGGAGAAAACUGGGUGCCCCCGGAGAACCAACGGAAUGCAAGGAGAUUGCAAUCUGUGCUUUGAACCAGAUGCCCUUUUACUAAUAGCUGGAGGAGAUUUCGAAGAUCAGCUCAGGGAGGACGUGGUCCAGAGAGUUUCUCUUCUUCUCCUCUACUACAUUAUUCAUCAGGAAGAGAUCUGUUCUUCAAAGCUCAACAUGAGUAAUAAAGAGUACACAUUUUACCUGCACAGCCUGCUCAGCCUCAGGCAGGAUGAAGACUCCUACUUCCUUUCACAGAACGAGACAGAGGAUAUCCUGGCCUUCACCAGGCAGUACUUUGACACUUCUAGAAGCAAGUGUAUGGAAACCAAAAUGCUGCAGAAAAAAUCUGGAAUACUAAACAGUCAUGGUGCUGAUGAAAAGACACUUCCUCAGUUGGCAGCAACAAUCAUUGCUUUGUCCCUCCAAGGUGUUUGUCUGGGACAAAGAAACUUGCCUUCCCCAGACUAUUUCAUGGAAUACAUUUUCAGUUCCUUGAAUAGUACAAAUACUCUCCACCUAUCGGAACUGGACCAACUCCUCAACACUCUCCGGAACAAAAAUACCUGUAUUGGAAAAGAUAAAAUUCAUCAACUUAAAAGGAAACAAAACAACAUAACAAUCCAUGAUUGGGGCUACCCUAAUCUAUCUGUAUCCAUGAACCAAGAGUCAGAUGAUGGUCCAGUUUCCUGGGAUCAGACUUGCUUCUCUGCUGGGCAGCUGGUAGAGAUAUUCCUACAGAACAGCCUUUCACCCAUUUCUAAGGAGGACUUUAAGCAAAUGAGUCCAGGAAUCAUCCAGCAACUACUCAGCUGCUCUUGCCAACUGCCCAAGGACCAACAAGCAAAGCCGCCACCCACCACUUUGGAGAAAUAUGGCUACAGCACGGUGGCUGUGACACUGCUCACACUGGGCUCCAUGCUUGGGACAACACUGAUCCUUUUCCACAGCUGUGAGGAGAACUACAGGCUUAUUUUACAGCUGUUUGUGGGCCUGGCGGUUGGGACACUCUCUGGGGAUGCUCUUCUCCACCUGAUCCCUCAGGUUCUUGGCUUACAUAAGCAGGAAGCUUCAGAGUUUGGACAUUUCCAUGAAAGCAAAGGUCAUAUUUGGCAACUGUUGGGAUUAAUUGGAGGCAUCCAUGGGUUUUUCUUAAUAGAAAAAUGUUUUAUUCUUCUUGUAUCGCCAGGUGCUAAGCAGGGCGUGUCAUUGGUUAAUGGGCACGUGGGACAUUCCCACCAUCUUGCACUCAACUCUGAAUUAAGUGACCAGUCAGGCAGAGGCAAGUCUGCGUCAACUAUCCCGUUGAAAGGCCCAGAAGAUUCACAGGCACCUGAAAUUCAUAUAGGCAGUAUGACAGCUUCCAACAGAAAAUGCGAAACCAUUAGCUUGUUAGCAGUAAUGAUCCUGGUUGGGGACAGCCUGCAUAAUUUUGCAGAUGGCCUAGUAAUAGGAGCAGCGUUCUCAUCUUCAUCCGAGUCAGGAGUGACCACAACAAUUGCUAUUUUGUGUCAUGAAAUUCCACAUGAAAUGGGAGACUUUGCUGUGCUCUUAAGCUCUGGACUUCCUGUUAAGAUUGCCAUCCUGAUGAAUUUUAUAAGCGCUCUAACUGCCUUCAUAGGACUAUACAUUGGCCUCUCGGUGUCAACUGAUCCAUGUGUUCAAAACUGGAUCUUAACAAUUACUGCUGGGAUGUUCUUAUAUUUAUCCUUGGUGGAAAUGCUUCCUGAAAUGACUCAUGUUCAAACACGGCGACCCUGGUUGAUGUUUCUCCUGCAGAAUUUUGGAUUGACCCUCGGUUGGCUUUCUCUCUUACUGUUGGCUAUAUAUGAACAAAAUAUUAAAAUAUAAAUUGAGUCUCAAAAUCCCUUAAAAAUGAAUUUAUGCGGCCUCAUUUUGUUUCUUUUGUCAUACUCUAUAGUGAUGUAUAAAUUAUUUUUUAUCUUAGAUGAAGUAUAUCUUUUAGUUCAUUAACUUAUUAAUUUUAUAAUGCAAUUUCGUUUUUGUAGAAUAUAAAUGUCAGGUUGUCCUUCAUUGAAAUAUUUAGUCUUCAACACCAUGAUGAAACUUAUACCUUUUUUAGUAAUUAGUAAAUUCUAAAUUAAUUAAACUUGCAAAAAAUAUUGUUUCUCUAACAAAGAAUGUUUGUUUGUAGUAUUUGAAGUGGACAGAUGCCUGUUGGGAUAAAAUCUUCUGAAAUUUCUUUGAUGUCAAUUAUAUAUUUUUUUUCCUGUGGGAUUAUAAACCAUAAGCAAACUAAAUUACAAACAAAUGUAAUAAAGUCUAGUUUUAAUGUGA